AUGACUCAAUCCAACAACAACUUGAAACAAGCGUCGCCAAAUCGCCGCCCAAUGUCAUUGAAGUCUUCUGUUUUGCAAAAUAUGAUGCCAUCUUCCGACUUACUCCCCCGUCGUGCUCCUCCAAAGAAUGAUUCACCACAAGAACGAAGUGCCUUUGUGAUUGGAAUCUUGGAUGAAGUCCUUGACAUUCUGAAUGACGACAUCUUUGACGACGAGGAUGAUCUAGUCUUCGACACCAAGUCAAACCGCCGGUUGUCUCAAUAA